GGGAGGGCGCUGUCGGCAUGUGACUGCGGUGCCGCGACAUGGCUGCUCGCAGAGCUUUGCACUUCGUAUUCAAAGUGGGAAACCGCUUCCAGACGGCGCGUUUUUAUCGGGAUGUUCUGGGCAUGAAGGUUCUGCGACAUGAGGAAUUUGAAGAAGGCUGCAAAGCUUCCUGUAAUGGGUAUGACACCUUAUAUCUUAAAAUCUCCUUUAGGUGCAGAAUACCCCAGGAAUACAGAAGGCAGUUUCUCUAAGCCUUACGAUGGGAAAUGGAGUAAAACAAUGGUGGGAUUUGGGCCUGAGGAUGAUCAUUUUGUUGCAGAACUGACUUACAAUUAUGGCAUCGGAGACUACAAGCUUGGCAACGACUUCAUGGGCGUCACACUCGCAUCCAGCCAGGCUGUCAGCAAUGCCAGGAAGCUGCAGUGGCCGCUCACUGAAGUUGCAGAAGGUGUUUUCGAAACUGAAGCUCCAGGAGGAUAUAAGUUCUAUUUGCAGGAUCGCAACCUACCACAGUCAGAUCCUGUAUUAAAAGUAACUCUGGCAGUGUCUGAUCUUCAGAAGUCCCUGAAUUACUGGUCUAAUCUACUAGGAAUGAAAAUUUAUGAAAAAGAUGAAGAGAAGCAAAGGGCUUUGCUGGGCUAUGCUGAUAACCAGUGUAAGCUGGAGCUACAGUGCAUUAAAGGUGCGGUUGACCAUGCAGCAGCUUUUGGAAGAAUUGCCUUUUCUUGCCCUCAGAAAGAGUUGCCAGGUUUAGAAGAUUUGAUGAAAAGGGAGAAGCAGAAGAUUCUGACCCCUCUCGUGAGUCUGGAUACCCCAGGGAAAGCAACAGUUCAAGUGGUCAUCCUGGCCGACCCUGAUGGACAUGAAAUUUGCUUUGUUGGGGAUGAAGCAUUUCGAGAGCUUUCUAAGGUGGAUCCAGAGGGAAGCAAAUUGUUGGAUGAUGCAAUGGCAGCAGACAAAAGCGAUGAGUGGUUCGCUAAACACCGUAAACCAAAGGCUUCAGGUUAAUGGAAGACAUCUCGUGGAACAAGCAUUUGGAUUUCUGUCCUAUACCUGUGAGGGCUGAUGUGUUUGUUCAUAACAAGUACUCUCACAGCUCGGUUGUUUCCUGUACAGGCAGAGAGGCCUGGGUGAAAAAGAUCUGUGUAUUUCAGGUCUUUGUAUCUUUGAAUGCGCUGGUAUGUUUUAGAAAUGAAAUCCAGAUAUCAUUAGUCCAGAUGGAGGAGAAUUCUUGCUGUUAUCUACACUUACUGAACGGUGCAUUUCAUCUGUGACUGCAUUCGGUUAGUAACAAAUUAUUUUCCAGAUUGGGACAGCUAUUUCCAGAUCCUGGGGGUGGAGGGAAUUCUGAUGUGUUACAAAUCAUAUAGAUUUUAUGAGAGCAUUGUUCAAUAAAUCCUAAUUAAUAAUUAAAACUAAUAUUUCUACCACCUGAUGAUAAAAUGCUGCUCUAAUAACUUAUUCUGGCACAUCUUGACUUUUAAACAUUUUUUAAAGAGAUUUUCUUCCUUGGACCAAAAGAUUUGAUUGUCAUUUCCCUACUUUGCAUUUUGAGUAGCCAGAGAAGAUAGAUGGGAAGGAUUUAACAUGUCGUGUUGCUGCACACCUUGUUCUGUGAUGAGUUUUCUUGUAUCAUUUUAAUCCUCACAAGGAAAAACAUGUUCGAUUCCUUAAAAAUGAAUUUCUUCAGCCUGAAAAAAA